AUGCCUGAGACCAUGAGUGCAUCAUCGAGUCAGCUUAAACGCAUAGAAACUCGUAUAGAGAGUUUAUCGGAGUCGUUGUCGAAGUCGAAUGCACGCAAACCACUUGGUAAAUUUCAACUAAAUACAUUUGAUAACAGUAAGAUCACCAAGCUUCAGAAUGAAAAGAUGAGACUGCUGAAAAGUUCAAAUAUACCAAUCAAACUGCCUAUACGGAAGAAGACACAUUCUCCGGCUCAGUCAUUGCAAAACGAGCGGAUGGAUACGAAAUUAUCAUUACAAAAGUUACCUUCGGCAAGCAGACAUAUGAAAUUGGAUGAUUUUGAAAUUGGUAAAGUACUUGGUAAGGGAAAGCUAGGAAAAGUAUACUGCGUUAAACAUAAGACAUCCGGAUACGUAGCAGCAUUAAAGGUAAUGGCUAAAAAAGACCUCAUAGACUUAAAGUUGGAAAAGAACUUUCGCCGAGAAAUUGAAAUCCAGUCUAACCUAAUUCAUCCCAAGAUAUCGCGGUUAUAUGGCUUCUUCUACGACCAUAAGAACGUGUAUUUGAUAUUAGAAUAUUCAAUUCAUGGUGAGUUGUAUCACCACUUAAAAGUUCAGAGAAGAUUUAAUGACCCAACUGCUUCACACUAUAUUUAUCAAGUAGCAUUGGCACUCGAAUAUUUACAUUCAAAACACAUUAUUCAUCGGGAUAUUAAACCCGAAAACAUUUUGUUAUCAACUGAUGAUUGUAUUAAAUUGAGUGACUUUGGGUGGUCCGUCAAGAGUCUGCCCAGCUCCACUACCAAGAGACUAACCAUAUGCGGAACAUUGGACUACUUACCUCCUGAAAUGAUUGAAUCCAAUGAGCAUGACUAUACUGUUGAUAUUUGGUCGUUGGGCAUCCUCUGUUAUGAAUUUCUUGUGGGGAAACCCCCAUUUGAGGAAAUAGAUAAAAAUUCAACCUAUAAACGAAUCGCUAAAGUCGACUUAAAAAUACCUAGCUUUAUCUGCAGUGAAGCAACAGAUUUAAUUUUAAAAUUGUUACAAAAAUCACCUAAAAAGAGAAUAACAUUGGCCGAAGUUAUGAAUCAUCCUUGGAUUUUAAAUAAUAAACAGUAUUGGCCCAAUGAAAACUGA